ACCGGACUGCUCGUUGCGUUUACAUAAAAUGCCUUCGCCGUGCUAGGGUUGGGUUAUAAAGCUCACUUCACGUUACUGUUUCGAAGUCAACAGCGUCUGGAUUGCAUACGCAGUUCAAUUGCUCGUUGAUCAUGCUCCCCUCCCCAGAAAAUGCUCUCUUUGAUGCAUCACAAUAUUCAUUUUUCGGUCAAGAUGCCAUGGAGGAAGUUGAGUUGGGGGGUAUGGAAGAUGAAGAAAAUGAAAUUCCUGUCACUGGGUAUGGUGAUGAUGAGUACCGUCUCUUUGAUAGGGAAGAGGGAUCAGUUACUGGAUCGUUAUCUGAUAUAGAUGAUCUUACAAGUACAUUUGCAAAGUUGAACAGAGUAGUUACUGGACCAAGACAUCCUGGGGUAAUUGGCGAUCGAGGAUCUGGAUCAAUUUCAAGGGAAAGUUCAUCUGUCACCGAAUGGGCACCGGAGGCAGAUUUCCAUGACUGGCUAGAUCAGCAUACGUUUGACACAGAAAGUUUCCAGGAAGGCAAGAGAUGGUCAUCACAACCGCAUAAUUCCUCAUUGCAUCUCUCAGAAACAAAACCCUUGUAUAGGACGUCAUCAUAUCCUCUGCAGCCACAUCAGCAACAACACUUUUCAAGUGAAAGUUCCACCCAGGAAGGAAAGAGAUGGUCGUCACAGCCUCAGAAUCCCUUGUACAGAACGUCGUCAUAUCCUCAUCAGCAACAACAGCUUCAACACUAUUCUAGUGAACCUCUUUUGGUACCCAAAUCGGCGUACACUUCUUUCCCUCCACCAGGUGGCAGAUCUCAGCAGGCUUCACCCCGAAACCACUCCACUCACCUGAAUGUUUCAUCUGUUAUUGGUGGUCAUCAGUUACCCCUUUCUGCCCCAAACCUUUCUCCUUUAUCAAGCUCGAAUCUUCAUUUAGGUGGAUUACAUCAUGGGUUGCAUUACGGUGGAAAUAUGGCUCAGUUAAACCCUUCUGGUCUUGCUAUUAAUAGCCAAACACAAAACCAAUGGGCCAAUCACGCUGGCCUAUUUCAUGGGGACCAAUCUAACCUCAUAAACAAUAUUUUGCGACAGCAAAUCCCUCACCAGAAAGGGUUGUUGUCCCCGCAGUUAAUACCAACACAGCAGCAGCUACUGCAACAGCAGAGAAUGCAUGUUCAACCAUCUUUAGCCCAUUUCUCAGCAAUGCAAUCCCAUUUAUUUAGUGGACUUCCUUCUUUGCCCUCACAUUUGGGUAAAUACAGUGUGGAUACGAGAGACCAAAGAGUUAAAUCAUCACAAAGAAGUAGACACAACAUGCGUUCUUCUCAACACGGUUCCGAUAAUACUAUUACCCAGAAGACUGAUAACAGUUGCCCACAGUUCAGAUCCAAGUACAUGACUGCUGAAGAGAUAGAGAAUAUUCUCAGAAUGCAACAUGCCGCAACGCAUGGGAACGAUCCAUAUGUAGAUGAUUAUUAUCACCAAGCUCGCCUUGCAAAAAAAGCUACUGAAUCGGGAUCUAAACACCGUUUCUGCCCUAUCAACCCAAAGGAGCUUCCUUCUCGAUCACGUAACAGUUCAGAAUCGUCACAUCCUCAUCUCCAUGUUGAUGCACAUGGUAGGGUCUCUUUCUCUUGCAUAAGAAGGCCAAGUCCUCUCCUUGAAGUGGACCCUCCUUCCUCUGCUUUUGGCAAUGGGACUGAGCAAGUUUCUGACAAGCCACUCGAAGAGGAACCAAUGCUUGCGGCUAGAAUCACCAUCGAAGAUGCUCUCUGUCUUCUCCUUGAUGUGGAUGACAUUGACCGCCUCCUAAAAUUUAGUCAACCACAAGAUGGUGGGGCCAAUCUCAGGCGUAAGCGACAGAUGCUUUUAGAAGGCUUGGCUACAUCGCUUCAACUUGUUGACCCACUUGGGAAAAGUGGGAACCCUGUUGGGCUGGGCCCCAAAGACGACAUCGUGUUCUUACGAUUAGUUUCUCUGCCAAAGGGCCGAAAGCUCCUUUCUAGGUACCUGAAACUUCUCUUCCCUGGUGGAGAGCUUGCAAGAAUAGUUUGCAUGGCAAUAUUCCGUCAUUUGAGGUUUCUGUUUGGCGGUCUUCCCUCUGAUUCUGGUGCGACCGAAACAAUCACUCAUCUUGCAAAGACAGUUUCCGCAUGUGUUAAUGGAAUGGACCUUAAUGCCCUCAGUGCUUGUCUUGCUGCGGUUGUUUGUUCAUCAGAGCAACCGCCACUUCGUCCCCUUGGAAGCAAUGCCGGAGAUGGAGCCUCAGUUAUUCUAAAAUCCGUCCUGGAGAGGGCAACUCAACUUUUAACCGAUCCUCGUGCUGCUACCAGUUGUACCGUACCAAAUCCUGCCCUUUGGCAGGCAUCGUUUGAUGCCUUCUUUGAUCUCCUGACCAAGUACUGCGUUAGUAAAUACGAUAGUAUAGUACAAUCGUUGUAUGCACAGAAUCAGCCGAGCACUGAGAUUGUUAGUUCUGAUACUGCAAAAUCUAUAAGCAAGGAAAUGCCUGUUGAACUCUUACGUGCUAGUCUUCCACACACCGAUGAGCUCCAGAGGAAGCUGUUAAUAGAUUUUGCUGAUCAAUCACUGCCUGUGUCUGGAUUUAAUGCUCUUGGAGGGAGCAGUGAUCGAGUAACUCCUGAAUCAGUGAAGGGUUAGCUGAGGAAGUAGGGAUUAUUGGAAACACGUCCUGAAAAAAGAUAACCAUAUUUAUGGCAUGGACUUGACCCAUGGAACAACUGGGUAUAUCCAUCUGUCAGAGGGUAAUAUUAAUGGCUACUUCUAAUUUUCUUUUAUUUCUUCUUUUCCCCGUAUCUCUCCAGGGUACCGACGAAGGUAUGAUCAGAGCCUUUUUAUUCUGAUUCUCUGAAUAAAUGUCUAUUACGUGGAGAAGCCUUGAAAGUAAGUUCGUGCGUAGAAGCUUUUGUUUGGGCAUCGUAAUUCUGGUGCUCUGUCGUGACUCGGGAUAUCGUUGGAUGCAAGGUAGAUUGUACAGGGACAUCCAUGGGAUUAUUUCUACAACUUGUGAUGUUUUCCCAUCUUACUGUAUCGACUUGACCCCCCCUAAAGGGAAAAGAAACAAAAAAACCAAAAGAUAAAAAGGAUGAGAAAUGAAAUUCUUACUGACUGUGAAGCAGAGAUACGCGGGUAUGGCGAGAAAGAAGUCUGAGUUAUGCAAGAAGAGGGUGUUUGUCUGUAAUUCUGUAUGGUUGGGUAGCUUGUUGGUUUUUGAACUUUUAGGUGUUUAAUGUGUAAUAGUCUAAGAUAUUGUUUCAUGUAUUUCUCAGACGUUGGGUUCUAUCUUGUUGUAUAUUACUAGCAAAUUAGUGUCCUUCCUAUGGCCGCACGUAACCACACUCCAGAGGAUAUGGAUGAAUCUUACCCUACUCUCUGGAUGAUCCAGUUAAGAACGUUCCUUUGGUUUAUGUGAAACAACUAUGCAAUUUCUUGUUC